AUGUCGGAAUACACGCACGUCGAUACCCGGCCUAUGGUCUGGGUCUCGCGCAAGAUCAUGACCAUCUUUUCAAUUCUCAUCUUUUUCGACAUUGGCAUGAUGGUCAUCACUAUCAUGGCCGUGACUGGCGCUGAAACUGCUGACCCACGGGAUGUUGUGCAGGGGGCAAAGAUAGAUUUUCCUCCACCAGGUGAACAGAUUCAAGCUCUUGAGAUUGGCCUGGCGGCAUUUGGCCUGUUCUUCCACAUCCUGUUCGCCCUCAUCUUCAUAGACCGGGUGAAGAAGGCGAAGCAGACAAUGGACUAUGCAAGCGGCAUUCGACUGACAAAAUUUGUGCUCUACGUUGUUCUACCAUUUCUGGUAAUCGAGGUGGCUGGAUGGGCAGUCUGCCUCGGGUUCCAGAGCUUAUACGCCCCCGUCAUUAAACCUCGGAAGCUUCUUGCAUGCCAUUACCUUGGGCCAGAUCUCGUUCACUUCGUCCAUUUCGUAUUGCUCAUGCUGGUCCUUCGAGCUUACUACCGUAUGGAUCCAGUGGCUGAGCCCUCGCCCCAGUACGCAGGCGUGCCAUCGGUAGACGAUGCGCACUCGUCUUUGCCGCAAGAUCAAGAUGCCCCUCCAUCUUAUGAAGAGAGGGAGUCGGGCCAUCUCAUCGGCAAGUCGACCAAGACGCAGCCUCAGGCCGUGGAAAUGUCACGGAUGACGACGUUACCGGAAUAA